AAAAGACGAAAUAAUACCGGAUGUUACGAAAUCAUCCGGCGACGUCACGUCAGUUUGCAACAGUGGUGACGUCAAAACAAGGUUCAUCAUGUUUCAUGGAAUACCUGCUUCUGGAGUGAUGGGAGGAGCUCCUGCCAACAAGCCAGAACUGUAUGAGGAAGUGAAAUUGUACAAAAAUGCCAGAGAAAGGGAAAAGUAUGACAACAUGGCAGAGUUGUUUGCUGUGGUCAAAACACUCCAGGCGCUGGAAAAAGCUUACAUUAAGGACUGCGUGACUCCAAACGAAUACACAGGAGCUUGCUCAAGAUUGCUUGUCCAGUACAAGGCGGCUUUCAAACAAGUCCAGGGAUCAGAUGUGGGCUCCAUCGAUGACUUUUGUCGGAAAUACAGGCUGGACUGUCCACUGGCUAUGGAGAGGAUCAAAGAGGAUCGACCAAUCACCAUUAAGGAUGACAAGGGCAACCUGAAUCGCUGCAUUGCAGACAUUGUUUCUCUCUUUAUCACAGUGAUGGACAAACUUCGACUUGAGAUUCGUGCCAUGGAUGAGAUCCAGCCUGACCUGAGGGAGCUCAUGGAGACCAUGAACAGGAUGAGCAACAUGCCUCCAGAUUCAGAGGCCAAAGACAAAGUCAGCCUCUGGUUAACCACACUAAGCAGCAUGUCUGCGUCUGAUGAGCUGGACGACUCGCAGGUUCGCCAGAUGCUGUUUGACCUGGAGUCCGCCUACAACGCCUUCAAUCGUUUCUUGCACUCGUCUUAAAUGCUCCUUCCCUUUCUGAUCUCUUUUUCACCAGCUUUUUAGCAAACACAGUGUUAAUUUAACACUGGUUGUUUUGCUCUGAACCUUCGUUUCACUUUCAAUAUUUUGUCUCUGUCUCUUAAAUGUUAGAUUCAAUGUAAGAUCCUCAUAUUCAAUUAGAGUACUGUUUACUAAGGCUUAUGUUGUUUACUAAUACAAUUAGGAUUAUGUUCACAGGUUUGUUCUUUCAAAAGCAGUAGUUUUUUUUUUAUAUAUAUAUAUAAAGAGUUUUUUUCUAUCACAUGGUCAUCUGAAAGUGUUUUCUAGAAUGACCUGAUCAUUAGGCUGGCAUUAGCGAAUACAGGGAGGGCAGUAUAGGGAGUACAUUAUUGGGAAUAUAUGCUGGCCUCAUGUGUUAAAUAACAUGAAUUGAUGGUUUAUGGAUCUCAGAAUAUAUUAUAGAGCAAGGUUUGGUACUGAAUUCUCAGUACUGCAUUUAUUUUAAAUGUAUAAUACCUUUUCUCCUUUCUCCAGCUUUUUUUUCUCUCUCCAGUAUUUAAAUGAGAUUAUUUUAAUUGCACUCAUUCAUUUACAGUACUCUAACAUUUGUUGGUUGAUAAACUUGACUUUUAUAACUGAGCUUGAUCAAGAACUUGGUGUACUCUUUGUGCAUGGUGUUGGUUUAGUUCACUUCAUUAUGUAAUAAGUCAUAUUUAUUAAAUGACCAUUGUAAAUAAAAUAGUUUUGAAAUAAACCACAUAACUUUCAAAAACAA